AGCUGGGUCGAUGACAAGACGCCCUGGACCACGCGGUACGGCUCCAUCGCGGGGCUGGCAGAGCUGGGCCACGACGUGAUCAAGACCCUGAUCCUGCCACGGCUCCCGGCCGAGGGCGAGCGGGUGCGGAACAUUCUGGAAGGGCCGGUGGUGAGCACCAUCGACCGCAUCGGGGCUGACCACGUGCAGAGCCUGCUGCUGAAGCACUGUGCCCCGGUGCUGGCCAAGGCCCGCCCUCCCCCCGACAGCCCCGAGUCGUACCGCGGAGAUUUCGGGUACCUGGGGGGGCUCCUCUGCUCCCACGUGGUGAAAGCGCGGGCACAGGCGGCACUGCAGGCCCAGCAGGUGAACAGGACCACGCUGACCAUCACACAGCCCCGCCCGACGCUGACGCUGUCCCAGGCCCCGCAGGCCCCGGGGGGGCCCCCUCGCCCCCCCAGCAUCAUCAAGGUCCCCAGUGCCAUCGCCCUGCCCGUCCCUGUCCCCGUCCCUGUCCCCACCCUGGCCUCGGGCCGGCCCGGGACCCCCACCCAGCCCUCGCCACCCCCCCCCAAAUUCAUCGUCAUGUCCUCGGCCAGCAGCGCCAGCCAGCAGGUGAUCACCCUGAGCACGUCCCCCGCCCCCACUGCCACCUCCCCUGUCACCACCACUGUCCCCAGCGUGCAGCCACUGGUCAAACUGGUGUCAGCCCCCGCUGUCCCCAGCGCCACCGGCGCCACCGGCGCCACCGGCGUCACCGGCACGGUGCAGAAAUACAUCGUGGUGUCCCUGCCCCCCUCUGGGGACACCAAAGGUGGCGCUGCCACCGCCCCCGCCCCCCCCGGGGCCACCCCGCCCGCCGCCACCCCGCAAUUGUCCCCAAGUGCCACCGGCGGGUCCCCGGUGGCGGCCACGCCCAAGGUGGAGGCUGGGGACAGUCCCCAAGGGCCGGCGGCCACCUCUGUCACCUCUGUCACCUCUGUCACCUCUGUCACCUUCGGCAAAGCCAACGGCACCCCCGGGGGGGGCACACAGGAGCCAGCGGGCGGGCAGUGACAGCCAGGUGUCCCCAAAGUGUCCCCAAAGUGUCCCCAAAGUGUCCCCAGAGGGUCCCCAAAGUGUCCCCAAAGUGUUCCCAGAGGGUCCCCAAAGUGUCCCCAAAGGGUCCCCAAAGUGUCCCCAAAGUGUCCCCAGAGGGUCCCCAAAGUGUCCCCAGAGGGUCCCCAGUGGGGCCAGUGUCCUCCAGGCUGGGGACACGGGGCUGUGGGGGUCCCCAAAAUGUCCCCAAAGUGUCCCCUGGGGACCCCACCCCAGGGCUGUGUGGAACUCUGUUAAUAAACUCCCAGUUU